AUGUCUUCGCGAGUGACCUUCAAUGAGCAAUUCGCAAGCCAGGAGCGCAGGCGACGCCGCGACGUUCUGUCGAAGGCCAAGGGGGUGGCCGAAGCCGAGAUGAAGUCUGGCUUCUGGAAAGUCCGCCAGAUAUUUGGCGACGUCUUUGCCGGAACCUUUCUUAAGGAUGUCAUGCCACUCUUCACCCAGUUGAAGCAUGCGAAGCGCCUUGGUGCUGCUCAGCGAGUUUUCCGAACCUUUCGAAUGAAGCGAUGCUGCCACGUUCUGGACAGUUGGGUCGCCCAGGUUGUCGCUGCCUCACAAGGGAAGAUUCUUGGGGCUUCCUCACAGCCAGCUCCGCAGUCUUCUGAUCUUGAUGUCUGUGAUGGACCAUCGAAGACGGUAGAGGCUCCUGCAGCAAACGCUUUCGACAAGAUGUGGUGCGGCCUUCGUGGGGGAGGUUUCGACCGAGCCACCGAGGACGUUCGCAGUGGUGGCUCGGCGACCUCCGGCAUCGCCGGCUCCGACAGCGAGGGCAGCUGGGUUGUGGUUUCGGAGGCUCCUUACUUCGAGGAGCAGGAGGCAUGCUACUGCGCGAAACAUGCAGUCAAUCACGCGCUGCAGGUUGAGGAGUUUAAGAUCAACGACUUUUUUGAGCGCUUCGUCAGCGAAGCAGAGGCUGAGAUAAACAGCGCGUUUCGCCAAAGCCAGGAAUUGGCUGGCGAAGGCCACAAGGUCGAAUACACUCCUGAAGAUCUUUGCGAUGGUCUCGGGAACUUCCGGGCUCCAGUGGUGAUGGUUGCCCUUCGCUCUGUUGGCUUCAAGCUGGAGAACAUGAGCCCAGAGGAACGGGCAGCUGGAUUGGAAAACUUGCGGGCCAUGAUCGUUCACGAGGGCAGCCACUGGUUUUGCAUUCGCAAGAUUGGCGACGACUGGUGGAGGCUCGACAGCAACGACCAUGUCAACAGGGGGACGAAAAUUUUGGAGGCAGAUCUCCAGAAAAGUUUGAGAACCGCGACUGCACAAAUUGUUUUCAAAGUGACUGGUGACUGGGACAGUUGGGAUUCCAAAUUGCCGCAGCGGCGUGCGCGUCAAGCCCGGAGGCAGAUUUCUGCGCAAAUCUCACCCAAGGAGGCAAUCAAGCCGACGGCCCCACAGGAGCUGAUGUGCUUCCUUAAGGCGGCUGGCUUGGAGAAGUACUCUGAGAUCAUGUAUGAGAAGCAAAGGGGCGGAGUCGAGGCACUCCUGGAGAUGGAAGAGCCUGAAUGCGCUCAGAUGGAGAAAAGCUGCAGCUUCCAAGACAUCGACAAGGGGAAGCUGAUGGAUCUGGUAGCCCAGGAGAGGAAUCGCAGGGAAACGGAGCCUUCUGUGGGCGCCAAGAUUGCGGCCCAGCUCAAGACAGCCACGGCAGACAGCGACUCCACCUACAUCUACCUUUUCGAGCAGCGUCACUCCGAGCCCAAUGACAUACCCUUGCCAGAGGGCACUUCCAACCACAGCCCCAUCCGAUGUGUUCGACGUCUGUUCGAGGCACAGGUUCCCGAGGCUUUUGUAGAUCACAGUGUCCACAAGGAGGUCACCAUCCUGCUGUCCGGAAGUCGUGCGGACAAAUUGGAACACAUGGACACUAUGCUGAACUACAUCUUCGGCACGAAGUGGCAGGAGCUGCACCGCUUCAAAGGCAUUCCGGAUCUUCACCAAGGAGGUGAGGCUGACAUCGUAAUCUCUGCGUACAAGAUACCGGCUGUAGCGGGCGGGCGAGUGCAGAGCAGAGUUACCUUUAUGGACUAUGACCUGCGAACUCCGAAUGCCUCAAAAGCUCGGGCAUCUCAAGUUGCAGAGCAAGUCGAGCUUUUCUUCCGCACCUACCCGCAACAUGUCCCCAGUGCCCUUACAGGUGUAUGCUGCGUCGUUCCGACACCCACGGGUCUGUCGCAGUCACAGAAGCAGGAACAGGACGCUGUUCUUGAUCUCUUUCCAAAAAGCAUCAACAAGAACACGGUUCUCUGCUGCAAGACGGCUGACGGAAAGCCUCCGGAGGUGGCUGAGAUCGAUGCCAUUGGUGUUCUGCACAGGUCCAGCUGGCACUUCCACCACCCUUCGGAUGAAGCGUCUGCCCGUGGGCAGAAGUGGUGGAGCCGGAACGAGAAGAAAAUGAAGCUGCUCUUUGAUGAGCUGUGCGGCUUUAGCCCGGUGAAACUACGAGGCAGGGCUCAGAAGGAUGAUGACAUGCAGGCUCGCCAGCAGCUCCUUGACGAUUUGGAGGCGGACCCUGCGGCCGCCCCCGCCGAGAAGGAGGUGCGGCAGCAGAUGAAGGCGUUCCCCGAAGACGCCAAAAGAUGGGUCGCCAUUGGGGGAACUGGAGUCGGCAAGAGUGCGACCUUAAGCUUAUUGGAGGGCAGUCUUGACUUUGAUUUCGAAUCCAAGCAGUGGAAAUCCGGCUUCAAGCUUGGCAACACCAGCGAAGCGGGGACCGAGAAGCCCGAGAUCCGCAGGAGCGAGGAGGACAUUUUCGCGGACACUCCUGGCCCGGGCGAUGGAAGAGGCCAAGAAAAGGAUCGAGAGCACAUGCACCUGACCGCCCAAAUGCUCAAUGGCAUGGAUCGCAUCGACAUGCUGCUGUUAGUCGUUGAUGCCAGAACUCGAAUCCCGAGAGGUGUGAGGGAGACUCUCCAGUUCUUGCAGGCCGCCUUCGGGACUGAGAUGUGGCAGCACACCGUAGUCUGUGUGAACUGGUGGCGCCUUGACCAGGACUCGGAGGAUCAGCGAAGCAUGGGUAUGCUGCAGACAACAGACGAGUUUAAGAACGAUUUCCUCGGCAUGCUACAGAAGCCCUUGAGGCCAGAUGACGAGAAGGAUGAGUAUCAAGGUCUGGGCCUCUCUGAGGGGCAAUGCAGCAAGAUCAGGUUCGCCUUUUUCAACACUCACUAUGACCGCCGUAAGACAGGCGAAGGCAGCGAAGCCGCCAGAGUGGAGGCGGUUUUCUGCCAACUCCGCCGUGAGGCAGCUGUGAGCCUUGGCUGGCGUGCCGGCGUCAGAUCGCAGUCACCUGAACUCCGGAGCCUAGCAGAUGCCGUUCGCAGCACCGACACUGCGGAGGAAUUGAAGCAGUGUUAUGACACAGUGAAGCGCAUGCCCGACAAACCCAAGGAUGUCACGGAUGCCAAGCUAGAGAAGGUGUUAAAUGAAAUUCAGCGCCGGUCGGUGCGCGACAGUGCGCAAGCGGCAGAUGCCGCACUUCUGAGUUUCAUCGGGAAAGGCGGCGAAAACUCCGCGAGGGAGUUCUUGAACCAGUUCGAGGCCUUGAAGCGGAAAGACGCCUCGAAGCUUUCUGCCUUGAAGCCUUACAAGCAAGUCCUGGAAGCAGCUUUGCAAGGUCAGCCCCCUUGCUAUGACCAGUUUCCCGAUGCUUCGCUCCUCUUGAAGGACCAGGUGAACAAGCUUUGCAAGCAUGCAAAAGCUUGCGCUCAGACGCGCAAGGCACUCGACGAGAUUCUUGCACAAUGGAGCAUUGUAGAGAACGGGGAGGUGAUGAACGCUCUGACAAUGUGGGCUCAAAAGCAGGGCAUACAGUCAGAAGCAGAUCUGGCUAGACAGAUCAAAGACUGUGAAAGCAUCAAAGGCAAGCUGACCCCCGUUGGUCGAACUCGGCUGCAGAACUUGCUGAAUUGGCAUAUGUACCAGCACUCUUCUUCAGGCAAGUCGCUCUCACAAAAGGUCCAGGAUCUUCAGAAGCUUCUCCAAGAGGCUCAGGACGCAUCCAAGACUCGCCUUGCAGAGAUCAAGAAAGCCUUAGACGCGGAGCGGAAGGCCUUGGACAAGGAGCAGAAGGCCUUGGAGGAGGCAAAGGAAGCGGAAAGGAUCCAUGUGGAAUGGCGCAGCGUGGAUGUGCAACACCUGAAUAGAAUCGGGUCUGACGAGGGCAGCCGUGCGCGCGAUGAUAUGAUCUACUGCGAUUGCGAGCUUAAGGGAGAUGAGUUGUACCUGGGUCACAGCCCUGGCGGAGCCUUCGGAAGCAAGUUCAUUGUUGUCAAGAAAGGCAAAAAUGUGAAGCAAGCGACUGGGUGCAAGACCGUGUGGAAGGACGAGAAGGGCAAGGGGAAAAAAGACUACGUCAUCGUCAUCCCUACCUGUGACGACCAGGAUUUCCGAGCCCUUGGUGUCGUUUGCAACUUCGGGGUCGGCGGCCACGAGGAGCCCGGCAUUAAAGUGAUGGAGAAGAUGGCCCUGAUUCGCAAGGAUUGUCUUGAGAGGGUCGAUCAUGGCCGAUAUGUUUGGCGCGAUGCUGGCACCAGAGCCAGAUGGGAUGUCACCUUGAACUUCGUGGAUGCCCUUGGCACCAUGUGGCCCUCAGUUGCUACGUUCUGGUCGCCGGGAGAUGCUCACAAGAUCAAGGACCUUGCUCUCAAGGAGAUGAAGAAGUGA